GCGUACGAGGCGGGCUGUCUUCAGUUUGUCACUUGUUCGGAGUAAACAACAGCACCGCCCGACGCUUGUUUGUUUGUAAGUGUAGAACGAUCCAACGCACAGCGCCGAGCUCGAUUGACGCUGUCUGCUGAUCUGCUACUGCGGAUUGCUCAGAAUAACACGGCUGCUUGCUAAUUCCCGUCCGUCUAUCGGGGCUUUCGCCGAAACGCCGAGAGAGUAUACGAUCCAAAAAGCCAACAAGACAGCUAAAAACGUCGCGCCACCCGAGCCCGCGCCCAGUAUGGCUUCGGGGGACCUGUACGAGGUGGAGCGUAUUGUUGACAAGAGGCGGAACAAAAAGGGCAAAUGGGAAUACCUGAUCAGAUGGAAAGGCUACGGGAGUAAAGAGGACACUUGGGAACCAGCACACCAUCUACUUCACUGUGAAGAGUUCAUUGAUCAGUUUAACAGUUUACGCAUACACUCACAAAAACGGCCCAAAACAUCCAGAAUUCAUCAUCAUUUUUCCAACCCAAAGGAAAAUACUAGAGUUCAAUCAGAAACUAAAAAGACCAAAAGGACUAGUGCAUCCCCUGUGAGAGUUGGGACAGUGCUGGACAUUGGAGGGGUCUCAGCUGGUACCACUCACAAACAGAAAAAGUUAGGCAUUUCUAGUGAAAAGCACCCGAUAGGGGAUGGACUGAACAAAACUGUCACAUACAAAGCCCCACCUGGUACUGGGCUGCCUCCUGUUCCUCCUGUGCCAGUGGAUAGACAUGCUCAGAAUGGACUUGAGAAUGGGGACAUGGAGCCUGUCCUGUAUAGAGCAGCAACAAGACCACAGAGACCUCCACCUCCAGAGAGAGUGGACCUAGGAUUCACAGACAUGACCCAACAACAGUUCUCCAGUGAACUUGGACCCCCUCACGUCAAUGGAAAAAUACAUUUGCACAACUCGGUCAAACGGAAGCUGACUGAAGACAAAUGCAGUGCCAUUGACAAGCGGCUCAGGUACAACGUGCGACAGAACGAGAGCAACUGUCGAUUCAGGGACAUCGUGGUGAGGAAAGAGGAGGGCUUCACUCACGUGCUUCUAUCCAGCCAGACAACAGACAACAACGCUCUGACGCCUGAGAUCAUGAAGGAGGUGUGCCGUGCUCUGGGCAAUGCUGCUACAGAUGACAGUAAGCUGUUACUGCUCAGCUCUGUGGGCACUGUAUUCUGCAGUGGGCUGGAACCAUCCUACCUGAUCGGCCGUCUGUCCACUGAUCGCAGGAAAGAGAGCAGCCGCAUUGCCGAGGCUGUACGAGACUUUGUGUUGGCAUUUAUCCACUUCAAGAAGCCCAUUGUAGUGGCCAUAAAUGGGCCAGCUCUGGGUUUAGGGGCAUCCAUACUGCCCCUGUGUGACGUGGUUUGGGCAAGUGAGAGAGCCUGGUUUCAGACUCCAUGUGCUGCCCUGCACCUCACCCCCUCUGGCUGCUCGUCAUACACAUUUCCUCAGAUCCUGGGGGUAUCUCUAGCUAAUGAGAUGUUGUUCUGUGGGAGAAAGUUGACUGCUCAGGAGGCAUGCAGUCGAGGCUUGGUGUCACAGGUGUUCUGGCCCACCACAUUUAACCAAGAGGUCAUGUUACGGGUGAAGGAAAUGGCUUCUUGUAAUGCAGUGGUUUUAGAAGAGUCUAAAUGUCUUGUUCGGGGCAUAAUCAUCUCAGUUUUGGAGGAGGUGAAUGAGAAGGAGUGUCAGAUGCUGAAGCAACUCUGGUGUUCUACUAAAGGUCUGGAGACACUGUUCAGUUACCUUCACAACAAGUCCUAUGACAAGUGAGCGACUACUGCCUAAACAGAAGUAAUGCUGUGAUUAGCUGUAAAUGAAGGAUGCGCUUAAGUGCAGUUUAUUUAUUUUCUAUGAUGUAACUGAUUUUAUUCGACAUAUUUUAAUCUAAAAGAAUCAGUCAAAGGUCUGUUAUUUCAAAGCAGAGUAUAUAGACAUAUACAAAGUCUAUUUAUUUGUGUAUUUCUAUUUUUAAAAAUACCUGAAUAAAUAUUUUGGUAGUUAAUGCCUAUGCUACUUUAACAUUCCUGAGAUUCUUGCUAAAGAAAACUCACCAAUUUCAAUGGCUGUUAACAGUUUAAGCAAGGUUACUUAUGGCAUACAAUAUUAUAAAUUGUUGGGGUAUACAGUAUCAUCCAUAGUUUAACUUUUGUGUUUUUGCUUUGCCUGGAAUUUUUCACACCUUACCUUGCAUUUAAAGAACUUCAGGUGUUUUAUUGCUAAGAAAUACCUUGAAAUACAUGAAUUCCUUCUGUGACCAGGCUGGCCGCUCCAUAGAUGGGACAUAUAACAAGGCUUGGUAACUUCACCUUCUUCUUUCUAUGUAGAUAGAUAUAAUGCCAUACUGUGGCAUUCCAGACAAAGCAAUAACAUCUCAGUGGAGACCAGAAAAUGUGGAUGUCCCCCUCCCUGAAAAUUUAUAGUACACUGUUUAAAUAUAAUUGUCUUACAAGAAUGUAAUAAUAGUCUAUAUUAUAACAUAAUGCAUCGCAUAAACAGCACUUAUUUUUAAUACAUGUUUUGAACUGUGAGGUUUGAAUCAAAAGAUAAUUAAUUAUACACAUAGGUUCUUACACUGACCAAUCUUCAUUUAGUCCAAGUAGUGCAUCUUUUUAAUGUAAUUGUCAAGGAAAGAUUUAUAGGUUGGUGUAGUUAACUUGAAUAUAUGUACAAUAUAUGUUUCUCCGUUGAAUAUGGUAUGUAUUUAUUUGUGUUUCUGAGCACAGAACUGGAAACGCAGUGUAAUGUAUGCAGUUGGAGUCCUAGUCCUUGUCUGCAUGUGACAAACUAUCUUGUAAAGAAUCAUGUUCUGCAUAACAACGAAACUCUUAAGUGUGUGUAAACUGUCCUUUUAGAUUUUCAGCAAGUGUAAAAAUGCAUCUGAGAAUAUUAACACAAAGUGGAUUUUGUAAAUAGGUGCAUGUGCUUACAUUUACUGUAUUUAUAUAAAUGUUGUAUGUUUUGUACCAGGAUUGUAAUUAUGGUAGAAAUCUUGCAAGUUAUUUUUCUAUUUAUUUGAGAUACAUUUUGGAUAUGCAGUGCCAUGCGGUUUGCUUUGCUUUAGAGGAACCCCAACAAUUUAAAGCAUUAUUGGCCAGUAUGUAUAUAUAUAUAUAUAUAUAUGUGUGUGU